AUGCUUUCGCGUCUCGUAAGAGAACAUACACAGAAACAGCAGGCUAUACGGAAGAAAAAUGAACUGCUCCGUAAAGAGGCUGUCCAAGCAGUUAACGAAACGGCAGACGCUCUGACAGAUGCCUUGAAUGAGAGAGUCAGCUUAAUUUUUAAAACUCAACGUGAAAUCGAAUCGGAAGCUCGCCAACUUUCAACAGCAACAGCAAAGUACACGAAACAAACUAAGCAAUGGCUCACUAUGGUUGACAACUUUAGCAAUGCUCUAAAGGAACUGGGCGAUGUGGAGAAUUGGGCUCAAGUGAUAGAAAAGGAUAUGAGAGAUAUAGCGUUGACAUUGGAAUUCGUUCACAAAGGUAGCAUCGGAGGUGAUGAAGUGAUCACGUCACCACAACCGAUCAUCGAGUCGACAAGUGCAGAGUCAUCAGCAGUAGUUAGUGAAACCAAGGAUGAAAGAUAA